UCGCAACGAGCAGCAGCAGCAAAAGUCAAUGCUGCCAGGCAGAGAAAAAGAUCCGCAAGCCGUGCACAAAAAAAAGAAAAACGGUUAAUAUUUUCCGUAGUCCAGUUCAGUGAUACUUUUUGUUGUUUAUCGCUCUGAUAAACGGUGACCGAAAGUGUUAAAUAAUGGAACCCUACGAUGUCAUAGUGAAUCAGCCAGUGGUGAUCGAUAAUGGAUCGGGUAUGAUUAAGGCCGGCUUUGCAGGGGAUCACAUUCCAAAAUGUCGUUUUCCGAAUUACAUGGGCAGACCGAAACAUGUUCGAGUGAUGGCAGGCGCCCUCGAAGGGGACGUUUUCGUGGGACCAAAAGCAGAAGAUUAUCGCGGAUUGCUUAGUAUCCGCUAUCCGAUGGAGCACGGGAUAGUAACGGAUUGGAACGAUAUGGAAAAAAUCUGGACUUAUAUCUACAGUAAAGAUGAAUUGUCCACUUUCUCCGAGGAGCACCCGGUGUUGCUGACAGAAGCUCCAUUGAAUCCAAGAAAGAAUCGCGAGAAAGCUGCCGAAAUCUUUUUCGAAACAUUCAACGUACCGGCGCUGUUCGUAUCAAUGCAGGCAGUACUCAGUUUGUAUGCCACUGGCCGUGUCACAGGCGUAGUGUUAGAUGCAGGUGACGGAGUAACGCAUGCCGUUCCCAUUUACGAAGGUUUCGCAAUGCCCCACAGUAUAAUGCGAGUUGAUAUUGCUGGCCGAGAUGUAACUCGUUACCUCAGAACGCUUAUCCGCAAGGAAGGCUUCAACUUCCGCACAACCGCAGAAUUCGAAAUCGUUCGUUCAAUCAAGGAGAAAAUAUGUUAUCUGCCAACAAUUCCACAGAAGGAGGAAAGCGUUGACACGGAGAAGGUUAAGUAUACCCUGCCUGACGGAAAUAUACUGGAGAUUGGCCCAGCACGAUAUCGUGCACCGGAAGUACUUUUCCGUCCGCACAUGUUGGGUGAGGAAUGCGAGGGUAUUCACGAAGUGCUUAUGUUCUCCAUUCAGAAAUCAGACAUGGAUCUGCGAAAAAUGCUCUAUCAGAACAUUGUAUUGUCUGGUGGAUCAACGUUAUUCAAGGGUUUUGGAGAUCGACUAUUAUCUGAGAUUCGCAAACAUGUUGCUAAAGAUAUGAAAAUCAGGAUUGCUGCACCUCAGGAACGUAUCUAUUCCACCUGGAUGGGUGGUUCGAUUCUAGCUUCUCUCGAUACUUUCAAGAAAAUGUGGGUCUCAAAACGCGAGUUUGACGAAGAUGGGCAGCGAGCAAUCCACCGGAAAACGUUCUAAGAGUAGGCGAAGAUCGUACACAAAUACUUUUUAAAAAACACACACACACAAAAACUCAUCGUACUAGACUCUCACUCUCACCCAUCUAAUCAUUCGUCAAUCACAUUUAUCAGAACUUUUCUCACGCGUUGGGCGAAUAUAAUUUAUUUCACGAUGACUUUAACACCAAAAGUGGUUCAGAGUCGCCGUGAAGUCUGAUCUAGUUAUGUGUUGACGAAUGAGAACGAGCACUGAUGGGAAAAGGCGAGGUGUUCUACGCUACGCUUAGCUUAUUCUUUAUUAAUUAUGAGAAACAGUAAAUUGUUGAAAAGUUUCGCUUAAAAAGAGGAAGGUACUAAUAUUGUGCGUAUCAAUUCAUGGUCUCUGUUUGUUCUAAAAAUUCGUCGAUACUUAAAUUUAUUCCGAUUGGAACCCAACAUUGUGUAGAUUCGAACCUAUUGUGAUGGUUUGAUUAAAAUCAAUUUCAAUCAUGUAAUUGCUGCUUAUAUAUUUUGUUCUCGCUCAUAUUAUGAUGCUUCACUCCGAGCUUUUAAAGCUGUAUGUAUCGUUGAGGCAAUCCAUUCCAUUCGUGUUGUUUUUUUUUUGAACCGCAAUAUAUUUAUUCUUUGCAAUUUUUUUGUAUUCGGAUGGCCAGGUGUUACUCUGUGGAGUUUUUCGGCAUCAAAUCUGUUGAAUAGUGCUGUUGAUAAUGCUCUCGAGGGAAGCAACCAAAAAGCGGUCCGCUUUUUCUAACAUUAGUAAAUUAUAAUUUAAUAAUUUAUAUUUAAUAACUGAGUAAACAUUACAAGAUAAUCUAAACUAAUAUAGAUAUUAUGUAACGAAUUGAAUGAGACAAAUUUUGAAGUAACAUCUAUGAUAAAACCAAGUGGGCACACGAAUAUCUUGAGAGAA